UCGCGACAGAUUGGAUUAUUUUUGUCCAUAUGAUUUUUAUUUGUUAAUAUUUUGGCUCGAAAUCGGUUAAUUGAUUGUAAUCAGGUGCCAAUUUGUAACCAUCUUUGAUCAAUCCAACAAUCAUGGGCUACCUGGAAUUUCUUGGCUAUUGUAUGAUUUCUUUUGGACCUGCAUUGGCUUUGUUUUGUUUUGUCAUAGCCAAAGAUCCUAUUCGUAUUAUUAUCAUGAUCUCAGCAUGUUUCUUUUGGUUAGUUUCAUUGUUAUUAUCAUCCAUACUGUGGACUAUAGUAGUGCCACUCAAAGAAUACUUAAUAUUUGGUGUCACUUUUUCCAUAUUUUUCCAAGAGACAUUUCGCUAUCUAUUCUAUAGGGUUUUAAGAAAAGCUGAAUCAGGUUUGAAGAAAGUUGCCGAAGUUGGUCAAACCGUAUCAAAUGACAUUCAACCUAAACUGGACACUAAUCGAAUGCAAUUAUCUUUCGUUUCGGGUAUUGGUUUUGGUGUAAUGAGUGGCGCAUUUUCUAUAAUCAAUAUUCUUGCUGAUGCGACCGGCCCAGGAACUGUAGGUCUUAAUGGUGGAUCAAAUUAUUUUUUCCUAUGUGCUUCGUUGACUACAUUGGCAUUCAUAUUGUUGCACAUUUGUUGGACAAUCAUUCUUUUCAAAUCCUGUGAUAGUGGAAAUAAAUCUCUCAUCAUAUUCGUAUUCAUUUCGCAUCUAGCUGCCUCCUACAUCACAUUUUUGAAUCCUUCUCAGCUAUAUAUGGUAUCUAUUUCUAUGGAAUAUCUACUAUUAUUUAUUACAUCAUUGAUUGCACUUAGAUGUGCUAAUUUUCGUUUCGAAAAAUUUGUUCGAUGUCAAAAAAUAAAUUAAUUCCAAU